UAUGCCCAACCACGUAGACGGUUGGCACGGUGAAAAACCAAUUAAUCUUUCAGAAGUCGAUAUAUCGAAGCUGUCUGAAAAAGAAAGAUGGCGGUUGGAGCAUCAGAAGCUUCACGAGAAGCACCGAGGGCACGAGUCAAUGCACGCAGAGAUGGCGCUAAUCCUCCUGGGCACUCUCAUGAUGGCCCAGAUCGUGUUGUUUCAGUGGAAGACUCGGCACUUCAAGUCCUACCAGCGAGCAACUUUGCUUGGCAUGUGGCUGAUACCUGUGGGACUGUGUAUUAAGUUUGCCUGGUGGCGGUUCACUGUGCUGUGGAGCAUUUUUUCUGUCAUCACUGCAAUUGUCACAUUCAAGGCUUCAAGAAAACCGUUGUCAGGAUCUACACCAAGGUGGGUCUACAAGUGGUUCCUGCUCCUCUACAAGAUCAGCUACACCUCGGGGAUCAUCGGAUACCUCAUCAUCAUGUUCACCAUCUUUGGCCUGAACAUGCUGGUGCUAGUCAAGCCGCAGGUGGCCAUGGACUUUGGGCUUUUGUUGCUCUUCUACGGCCUCUACUUCGGCGUGGUGUCCCGAGACUUUGCCGAAGUGUGCGCAGACAUAAUGGCAUCACACAUCGGGUAUUACUCAGCUACUGGUCUGCCAGCCAAGCGACUGGACCCUGGAAUGUGUGCUGUGUGUGGCAACGAGAUCUACAUGAUGAGCAACGACAAUGCUGUCAUAGAGAAGACAAUAAAACUCAACUGUGGACAUGUAUUCCAUGAGUUUUGUAUACGAGGCUGGUGCAUUGUGGGCAAGAAGCAGACCUGCCCCUACUGCAAGGAAAAGGUGGAUCUGAAGCGGAUGUUCCCAGGGCCCUGGGAACGUCCACAUGUAAUGUACGGCAACCUGCUAGACUGGAUCAGGUACCUGGUGGCGUGGCAGCCGGUCAUCAUCGGAAUCGUGCAGGUCAUCAACUGGACUCUAGGCCUGGAGUAGCCUUAGAGUAUUCGUAGUGUUCUCGUGUGUAGAGGUAAUCUAUUUUAAUGAUAGAGUGUAUUGUUGAGAAGUCAUGAGUAGAAUGAAAGAUGAGCGUCUGAGUGGGAAUGGUAAUAUGUAUAUUUAUGGAAUGUUAUUACUUUGGUAAAACUGUAAGUCGGGGGUGGGGGGGAGGGGGAGGGGGAUAGGAAAUAAGAUGAUGAACAGAAAUUUAGGGAAAAGAUAAAACUAGAAAUUAGUUAAGAAUUCCGUAGGUCCAGUCUUUUGCAACACUUUUACGAUUGUUCCGGAACAACUUCAUUGUAAUAUUUGUCAUUCUGCUUCCAGCUUGCCUGUUUGUUACAUCAUUGGGAAAACGAUUUUUACUCACCGUUUGAUUAUGCUUUGUGCUUCAUGGUCUAACAGGGUUAUGAAUAUCUCUCGUCAGAUGUUACCAUAGCGUGUAGUUGUGAAGGUCAUUGCAGCAAUGUAGAUAUUGAGGGUAAUACAGAGGCGCCCAUUUUCCGAAUGCAUCAGGAAAUUAUCUGGAUUUCGGAAAUUGUCCAGAUUUGACUAGACCAGUUUAUAUAUUAAUCUGUUUGUGUAUGUCAUAUUGCGUUUUAUAUAAAAGUAGUCUUUACACAAGAUGUAUUAGAUAAUAUAUUCCGUAAAUCUUUGUUCCCCUUCAGGAUCAUUUCCGUGGAGUAGGAAAAGUUGAGGAUUUUCUUUUUCAUAGCAAGCUAGCACCUCUGGUUGUCUACAUAUGUAUUGGAGUAGUAUGUUAGAGAACAGCUGAACAGAUAAAUGAAUAGCAAACCAUGAUGGUCAACAUUUGUUUCAGAUCUGGCACUUGAAGAAGAAGAAGAACGUGUACUACAAUUAAGUGAGCUCAGGCUUUAUGCAAGAAAAGGAUUAGGAAAUACUUGGUGACCAGAAUGGCAUUUGUUUUUAGUUUUGGCGUCUUCUAAGAUAUAACUCCUCCCCUUUUUACUAUUGUUGUGAGGGCAACAAACACUUUUUCCUGUCAUAAGAUCUGUUUCAGACAAAUUUGUUUUGGCUUUUGGACACUUUUACAGAAUUUUCAUUUGUAUUUGCGUUCAUCUCAUCAGGAAUGACAACAACAAAGGAUCUCUUGACAGCUAUGAAUUUGAAUCUAAAGUAGGAUUCAUGAACUGAGUGCAUUAUGUCACAUGCAGAGGGUAAGGGACCAAGCAUGGAUGAUUUAAGUAAAUAGUGAAUAUGUUAUAGUCUGUAAAGAUCACAGUUUCCUGUAAACACCACUACAAAUUUUUGCUUGCAUUUUUCUGAAAAGUAAUAUUCUUUUCUACUGAAACUCAUCAAGGGUUAUUGCAGUGACUGACAAUUAUUCUAUGGUUGAAGAAAGCUGCAAAAAGUGACUCUAUACUAUAGAAAAUUAGAUGGAUAUUGGUUGUCAUCAGCGAUGAUCUGUUCACAAGAAAUAAGUGCAUGAUGCAGGAAACACUUGUGUGUACCUCAGAAUAUUCUAAUGUAAGUUUUUGUUUUUCUUAAAAUUCGGGAAAAAUGUCUGAGUGGACCCUCCUUGUAUGUUUCUACGGACCUGACAAGCCCUCUGAAAAGAUCGAAAUUCUCCAAUAUUUUUUGGGGUUAAAGAAUCCCAAUCUGAUUUGCACAAAAUCCAAUUUUUUUUUCUGUUCUGAAGACUGAUUAUUUUAUUCUGAGGAAAACUUCUAUUUUGUUAUCAUAGAGUGAUUGGCAGAUCUAGUUGCGCUUUUAUCCUGUCAUCUGUUUUUUCUUUUCGCCGUUCUCUUGCCUCUUUCUAGCUCUGUAAAACUGGUGUUGUGCCUCAUGGUCUGCACAAAGAAUUAUUAGAAGACUGAACAGCAGUGGAUGAAAAACUUUGACAACCCUGAAGCUCUGAUGUUUUCUUCCCUUCUUUCUACCAAACUGUGAUUCUUCAGUGAAUGGAGCAGAUAUUCAUAACAUCUUCUCUAUAGGUCUCUAAGGGCGCCUGGUAUACUGAAUACAGAAAUGGAA